GGUUUUGGAGCUCUGUGGUAAUGGUUCUGGUGGUUCUGGUGGCAGUAGUUUUGGUUCUAGUGAUAGUAGUGGCAGCAGUAGUGGUGGGGGUAAUAGCAGCACCACAGAAGCAGCUUUAAUUUAUUUAGAAGAAUCUGCACAAGGUGCUAUUAUAUCAGAUGAUGAAGCAAAUGAAAUU